AUAAUUGAAAGUCAAAGUCAAUUCCAAGAUUCACUGACACAUCAUUUCAUGGAAGCUUCAGUUCACAUGUAAUUUGUUCUUUCUUCUAUUUCUUGAAGUCUCCUCUUAUCCACACCGCCUGUUGCGGACUGGGAUGUUUCCUCUGAAACUUCAGAGUAAUUUUGCCUUGAAUUUUAAAUUUCAGUACCCAAGAGGAUUGACUUGGCGAACAGCAACCUCCAUUUCAUAUUUGCUUCGAAUGACCAAGUAAAAGCAAGAAACCUUGAAAAAAUGGAGAACAACCCAGUUCUGAUGAUGAAAGAUAAGCUAGAAUUCUUUGGCAUAAUCAAAGAAUCGUUGAAACUCAUUCCAAGAAACACCAGCUUCAUCAUCCUCACCUUCCUCACUUCCUUCCCUUACUUCUGCUUCUUGCUCUUUCUUGAAAUCAACUUCCAGCAGCCUUUAAUUGAUGCAAUUAAAUCCAAACUCACAACUCCGACUUAUGAUGAUCCUUUUGGGAAAAUAAUUGAUCUCUCCUGGCAACCACGACCAAUAGAUGUUAUCAGGGAAUUGAUUCUAGAUGUCUUCCUACCAUCUCUCUUACCAGGUUUGCUUUACUUGGGAAUGGCCCAUCUACUGCACCUUCUCAACACCAUUACUACAGUUUAUUCGGCAUCAAUGGUUUAUGCAGGAGAAGGCACAGCUAAUCUUAAGGAAAUGUUAUGCAGACCCUUUAGAACGGUUGGUCUUAAAGGACCUUUGAUUACAUCAACCUAUGCUCUUAUAUUGAGUACUCUUACUUUAAUUGGAAUUCUAUCAUUAUCAACACACUUUUUUGUGACAAGUAGUAUCCAUGCAGCCAGUAUAUUCAAGACAGCUUUUGGGCUGGCCAUUAUAGCUUUAUUAACAAAGUAUAUAGAGUGGAGUGCCAUAUGGAACAUGGGUAUGGUGAUUUCAAUCUUGGACGAGAAACAUGGAGAUGUGGCACUUGGGGUCUCAGCUUAUAUCAGCAGAGGCUGCAGGAAGCGUGGAUUUUUAUCAAUGCUUGUGUUCUUUGUUUGGUGGGUUUCUUUUAGAUUAAUAUGUGUAUAUGGAGUGUGGACUGAGAGUAUAAGUUUGGUUAUGGUUUCAGUUGGGGAAGUUUUCUCGGUUUGUGUGGGGAAUGUGAUGAAGUGGGUUGUUUUCACAGUCUACUUCUACGACUGUAAAAAGAGAUUUCUUGAGAAGAAAGUUGAUGUGGAGCAAGGAAGAUCAGCUGAAAGAGUUUAACUGUAAAUUGCGCAAUUUUGCUUUGAAAUCGCUGUUUGCUAGUGCAGCAGCAAGAUAUUAAGAGUUCGCAAGGUUUAUCUUUGGCUAAUUAGUACAGCAAGCACAUGGAUGUUUAUGCUUGUUCUGAACGAUAAUGAUAAAUAAUAGUUCAAUUAAUCUGCUAA